UUGGUUUGAUACGAAGUAUUUGCUUCCUACUCCAUGAUUCGCUGUGAAGCAAGGGGCUAUCAAUGUUUCCCAAGUUUUAAUCGACAAGCCAGCUCUGUUCUGCUAACCCACUUCUCGGAUUAAAAUUCAACGCGUUCACUUGUAAUGGGUACAUUAUGUCUGUAUAUCUGUGCAAUUUUAAGUACCUGCACGUGAAUCUUAACAAUUCAUGAGUGUUUCAUGAUUUUUUGGCGGAAUGUAUUUGAUUGAACUGAACAAUAAGAAGUAAGGCUAAUGUGGAUGUUAAUUUAAACAACAUGCAUGAAGAUUAAACGACGUUGGGCUCGUCAAAUGCCCUUUUAACAAUAACGGCGGAAUUGAACAACACCAGGCCAAUGGUACACCAGCGGGUAAACUGACCACUGCCGGUAACAUGACGUCACCUCCGGGACCCCGGGGUGUGCCCGUGUUCGGGCAGGCAUUCAACCUCGAUAUGGAUCACAUGCAUCUCACGUUCAUGGAGUGGCAAAAACGCUUUGGUGACAUGUUUAUGUUCAAAAUCCUGGGCAAGCAUUUUAUGGUUGUCAGCCACCCGGACAUCCUCCGGAAGUUGUUUGCCACGUGCGAACACGCGAAUGCAUUCAAUGACCGAGCUCAUAGCUUCAUGAAUAAAUACGUUAUACACAAUUCCAAAGACAUAUUGUUCAGGAAUAUGGACGAUAAGCAGCAAUUCCUGAAGAACGCCGCCACGAAUUUUUUCGAGAACCAAUUGGUUGAAGAAAAAUGGUUCUACAGUGCUGUAACUGACGAGAUACGGUUGCUGGUGUCUGAGAUUGAAUGUCUCAUAGACAGGGAAGUGGACAUUAUAGGAAUAAUGGACAAGCUGGUCAUCAAAAUCAUGGGCCUAGUGUUGACCGGAAAUCGUAUCACGGAGUCGAGUCGGGAGUUCGACUCCUUGGCAGGCUUCAUAGUGCCCGCCAACGAGCUGGCCACGGUAAAGAACGCCUCGGUGUUGACGAAAUUGCCGAUGUUGCGAAAGGUACCCGGUAAACUCAAGAAUCUGUACGACGCACUGGAGGCGAAGAAAAAUGACCUGCGAGAGGUCUUUCUCAAUGGGACAGGGCAGUGCGAGCGAGGCCUCGUGUUCAUGUUGAGGAAUCUGCGCGUUACCAUGGGGAUGGAGGGUGGAGAGUCCUGGAUAGACGAUGACUUUAUCAUGGGCGUGGUCAUGGACCUCAUACCCGCAGCCAUUUUGCCUUUACAGAAUAUUCUCUCCGUCUUAUUCCUGGUUCUCGUACAUCACCCUGAAGUUCAAAACAAAAUACGCGGUGAACUGACGUCACUUAACGCUGACGUCAGAAUCGACGACAUCAUGAAGUUACCUUACAUCGACGCAUGCAUUCUGGAACUCAAGCGCUUCCAUACGCCACUUCCGGUGUCCGCGCGGCACUGCAACCGAUCUGGUGAUGCUAUGUUUGAAAAUUACAACAUACCGAAAAAUACGGAGAUAUUUUCCAACUUGUUCGGGAUUCACCACGACGAGAGGUUCUUUAACGAUCCCUGGUCUUAUAAGCCGGAACGCUUCAUUGCGGAAGAUGGUUCUCGAGUAGGGCCCGAACAUCCUGUCAUGAAAAACAUGGUGGUGAUGGGGGUAGGUCCCAGACGUUGUGUCGGCUCCACGUUUUCGGAGAAAGUCAUGUUCCUUGUGGUUACCAUUCUCAUGAAGAACUUUCGACUGUGUUCAAAUAGACAACAAGAGCUUCCACCCUGCGACCCAAGAAAGUUCACAUCCGGUAUUGUGACGAAGGCGCCCGAUUUCAAAUGCGUCUUUCAGCCAGCGUGAAAAAGCCACUAUUCUCUAAGAAUGUUUUCUCAAUUUUACCUAAAUGUGCUUGACGUGGUAUAUGGGUGUUUCGGCGAGAUGUGUUUUUAAUUUUUGCCAUUUCAGACCGCUAGUGAACUUAAUUGUUACAUGAUUUGACAAUCACAUUACAUGAACACUUAACGUGUGCUCCAUUACACUUACCUGUUAUGCUGUGAAAGACAAAUCAGCAUCAGACUAUGUAUCGUCAUGGUUACCGUUGUAUUGAAACCUGUUCUUACAAACGUGACGUUUAGCCGGAUCAAAUCAGCGUCCGACUAUGUAUCGUGAUUGAUACCGUUGUAUUGAAACUUGUUCACAAAAACGUGAAGUUAAGCCGGCGGAAGGACAUAAUGGUGUUAUUAUGUGUUGCGUUCUGAGAAAACUGGGAAUAAUGCUUGUGCGUAAAGUGUCGUCCCAAAUUAGCCUGUGCAAUCCGCACAGGCUAAUCAGGGACGACACUUUCCACUUUUAUGACAUUUUUCGUUUAAAUGAAGUCUCUUCUUAGCAAAAAUCAAAUUUAGGCGGAAAGUGUCGUCCCUGAUUAGCCUGUGCGGACUGCACAGGCUAAUCUGGGACGACACUUUACGCACAUGCAUUAUGCCCAGUUUUCUCAGAACGCGACUCUUAUAUUGAAUGUUUGUUUUAACAGCACGAUGUUGCAAUAUGACUUUUUAUAUUGCGUUCUGAUUUGAUUUACGUGUUUUACACUUAAAUCGACGUUGACAUAAAUGACACCAUUCGCUUUGUAUUACUUAAUUGUUGAUAAGUUAUUGUAUGUAUUUACUUAGUACGAUAUAUUUUAAUAUGUCACUGUUGUUUACAAUUGAAAGUUGCAUUGUUAUUUCAAUACAUACCAUAAUAAUAAAGAAAAACAUUGCGAUCAUUCUUUUUAAAGAAAUAUCUUAACGCAGGAAUGGUAUUUUUACAAUGCCAUUUCAGUGUGAUAAUUGGUAUGAAUAGCAUCAGGAGCGAGAUUGGUGAACAGUGCAUGGGAUUGUAGAAGGUGCAUUGGUGUCAACUUUUUUUAAAUGUCUGUGAAAUUAUGUUAAUAGCUGAUUAUAAUUUCAGUGCCAAACUUUGUAACAGUUUAUCGAUAAGCUUGACGUACGUUAACAAACCUAAAUAUUUGAAAAUAUCAAUCAAUAAUUCAUUUUCUUCAAAUUAUUCUUUUUAGUAUCCUUUGCAUUCAAGACGUAAGUUUAACAACAUUGACGAUGAUUUAUUGAUACAAUCAUGAUCCACCCUGAUGGUCACUAACAUGAACUAAUAAAACCUCUUUUCUUAUUUGAAUUUGUUUAAGCGGUAUAUAAUGAAAAUGCCAAAAUAAAUGUUUAAAAAAUA